AUGAGGCGAUUCUGGAAGGAUUUUGCAGUCGUGGUUACAUAUGCGAUCGUGGGCCAUCUCUCUGGAUCUGGAUCGCUGGAUACAAGCCGGCUAUUCACUUCCUACACUGUAAUAAGCAUCAUCUCCACACCUCUGUUCUCAGUCAGACAGAACUAUGGGACAGUGCUAGCCGCCUACAGUAGCAUCAAACGUCUGGAGACAUACUUGCUUAGCACGGAGGCUUCUAUCGAACGUCUCAACAAGAAAUUGGGAGAGAAAGACGAACAGCUGGACCAGAAAGCUGUUGUGACUAUGCGUAAUGUGCACUUAGGCUGGAAAGACAGGGUAGUUCUGUCGGAAGUCAACAUCUCCAUCGAGUCUCAAAUGUUGAAUAUGGUCAUCAGACGCAUAGCAACUGGUAAAUUGACUUUACUUGCAUCUCUUCUUGGGGAAGCGACUAUUCUCGAAGGAAGCAUCUCAUGUUCAAGGGGAAAGGGCAUUGCCUACUGCUCACAGGUACCAUGGCUUCAGACAAGUCAUUCCAUUGAACAAAACAUCACUUUCUCUUCCACCAUGGAUGUCCUGUGGUAUCAAGCAGUAAUCAAGGCAUGUGCUCUAGAUGUCGAUCUCGCCUUGAUUCCCAGUGGUGACUCAUCCCUAGCCAAAGGAUUGAGUGGCGGUCAGAAGGCACAAAUCGCUUUGGCUUGGGCAAUAUAUGCUAGAACGGAUCUCAUCAUUCUUGAUGAUGUGCUUGCAGCCUUGGAUGCAACGACUUCGGCAAAUAUUUUCUCCUCACUCUUUGGACCCAACGGCUUGCUUCAUGGAAGAAUGGUAGUGAUGACGAUGAACCACAUUCCAUAUCUUCAACAUGCCGACUGGAUCAUCACUCUGGGUGAUGGUAAAGUAGUCGAACAAGGCACUUUUGCCUCUCUCUCCAUGUCUCAGGGAGGGAUAGGGGAUCUCAUUCAUAAUGGUAUGGUCACAGCCCUUACCAGUAAAAUAACAAUGGUGGUGGGCGAAUCUUCUAAUGCGACAGAAAUCCUGAAUGAAUCGGACAAAGACGAUGCUGCGAAGGAAGAGAUCGAAGCUAUUCAGAGCGGAAAUGCCACUUUACGAACAUAUAUGCACUAUGCUCGGGGUGCCGGCUACAACUGCAUGCUCAUUUAUAUCGUUUUCCUCGCUGUCACAGUUGGGAUUCAGAUCGUCACCCCAGUUUACCUCCAGCUGUGGGCUGAAGCGAACAAUGGAAGCACUGACUCGCAUCUUGGCCAGUAUCUUGGAGGAUACGCAGUGAUCGAAGUUGCAUAUGUGGCUGCUUUCACUGCCGUAUUUUACUACUUCAUCAUGAUUCUUGUCCCUGAAGCUUCGACCCAGUUGCAUGCAGGAGAAGUCGAGGCAGUCAUGAAUGCGCCAAUGUCCUUCUUUGACAGCACAACCACUGGGAGGGUCAUCAGUCAUUUCAGUCAAGAUAUCUUUGUCAUGGAUUUCGAGUUCCCUUUGGCGAUGCACGAUGCUGCGUACGAAUGCACUAGAUUGUUUGGUAGUGCCAUUCUUAUGGUCGCUGCAGUCCCCUAUCUUGUUAUUCUGCUCAUCUUUGUUGCCUUUUCGGGAUACUUCAUACAAAAGUUUUACUUGGCCACCUCAAAACAGCUGCGUCGGCUGGACCUUACCUCAAAGGCACCUUUAUACACCCUGUUUCAAGAAGCUAUGGAGCUUAACGGUUUAUUGACAAUACGUGCUGCCCAUCAACAACCAUUGUUUACAAGGCAGAACUCCUUGCGACUUGCACAGUCUCAAAGGCCAUUCUACUUCACCAAUAUUGCCUGA